AGCAGGAGUCUGCAGCAGCAGAGAGAGGAGAUCAAAAUGAUGCUGCUGCCGCCGCUAAAACGGGAUUAAACGCCACCAAUCUGUCGCUAAAUCCUCGCCGCUGCUCCACUUUUCGUUAGAAAAUGUGUUUGAAAUAAUCGUCAUCAUCUGCAGGAGUCGCGCUGGCAUCGUCGAGCUAAUGACUGAUGCAUCGUGGUCACUUUCUCCGGUGCACGGGAGCAGAAUCGCAGCGGAUGCAGCCAGGCCUCUGAUACCGGACCCUGUUUUCCUGUCUGGAUCCGCCCCCGCCGGUGUCUCGCACAGAUUUGAGUCCACGAGGGGAAGCAUGCCGUCGCGUCACGACGCCUGACUGACGAUGAUGAAGAGCGACCCCACAUCCAAGAGCUCCACGCUGCGGAGCGCCUCCCCGCACCGGAACGCGUACGAGGCGGGGAUGCAGGCCCUGAAGCCCGUCAAAGACAACGCUGCCAAUGGAGACGUGCAGGAGGGUCCCCGGGGCCGCAGGUACGGCUCCAACGUACAUCGCAUCAAGAACAUGUUCCAGCAGAUGCAGACCACCUCCCCGGCGGAGGCGGAGGCCGAGGAGGCGGAGAGGGGCGACAAGGCGGUGCGCCUGUCGCUCCCCAGGGCCGGGAGCCUGAACGAGAACGUGGACCACAGCGCCCUGCUCAAGCUGGGCUCCACCGUGUCCGAGCGGGUGAAUAAGUUCGACACCAGGCCGGAGAACGGCCACCGGGCGUCCUCGCCCAGCUACUCCAAGCUGCAGGAGACCAGGCGCAUCUUCGAGCAGCAGCAGCAGCAGGACAAGCUGGUGACCACCAGGGUGCUCCUCAAGACUGACAAGUCCUCCAGCUACCAGGAGGGUCGCCUGGACGUGGCCCGCUUCAAUGGCAGCACGGAGUCUCUUGACAGCCUGGACACCAGCGAGGCAGUGUCGCCCACGGUCAGCCAGCUCAGCGCCGUCUUUGAAAGGGCUGCAGAGCUCAGGAACAACCUGCACCGCCUCUCCUCCACACCGCCGCUACCUGCCAGAGGGGUGAGCGCCAAGGUGGGGGUGCUGAACUCCAAAAUUAUCACCAAGAGAGCCAGUGCCUUCAGUGCAUCAGGCAACAAGGAGGAGGAGGAGAGCCUAGAGGGGGCAUCCAGGAGGAGCACUCCUCCGGCUGAGGGACUCAAUGGAAGCCACGGUGGCAGCGCGGGUGAAAAGACCGUUUCGGAUGCAGGGGUUGAAGCCAAAUGUGACCUGACCAGUAGCACAACAGAGAACGGGCAGACCACCGCAGCUAAAAUCAGCCCUUCAGCUGGUGGUCAGGUCACAGAGGUCAGAGUCACAAGAGAAAGCCAGGACCGGAAUCUUGGGGCUGCUGAGCUCUUGGAGGAUCGAGGAAGCCAAGAGGAUGAAGAUGAGGAGGAAGACGAGGAAGAGGAUGAUAGCUAUGAACCAGAGUCCAGUUGUGUAGAGAUCACCGGACUCCCGGAGGAGGAGGACCCUCCGCCUUCCAGGAAGAUCCGCUUCAGCUCGGAUCCCAUCAAGGUGUUUGCCACUUACCCCAAUGAGGACUAUGACCGCCGGAACGAGGACGUGGAUCCGAUGGCAGCGUCGGCGGAGUAUGAGCUGGAGAAGAGAGUGGAGCGGCUGGAUCUGUUCCCUGUGGAGCUGGAGAAGGACAAUGACGGCCUGGGCAUCAGCAUCAUUGGCAUGGGAGCCGGAGCCGACAUGGGUCUGGAGAAGCUUGGGAUCUUUGUUAAGACCGUGACAGAUGGAGGAGCAGCACAUCGGGAUGGCAGGAUCCAGGUAAAUGACUUGAUCGUAGAGGUUGAUGGGACCAGUCUGGUCGGCGUCACACAGAGUUUUGCCGCCUCCGUACUCAGGAACACCUCAGGAACAGUCAAGUUCAUCAUUGGGCGAGAGAAGCCAGGCGAGCAGAGCGAGGUGGCCCAGCUGAUCCAGCAGACUCUGGAGCAGGAGCGUUGGCAGCGCGAGAUGAUGGAGCAGCGUUACAACCAGUACAUGGACGAACAAGAGGGUGGUGAGUAUGGCACAGAUGAGGAAGAAGAUGAUGAUGAGGAAGUCAGUCCUCAAUAUCCCAGCGCCAUUGAGGUGUUUGACCUGGCUGAGAAUGAGGACAUGUCCCCGCUUGAGACCGACCCCGAGAAACUGGCCCACAAAUACAAAGAGCUCCAGAUCAAACAUGCAGUCACCCAGGCGGAGAUCCAGCAGCUCAAGAGGAAGCUGCAGCACGCAGAGCAAGACAAGCAGCGUUGGCGUCUGGACAAAGCUCAGCUGGAACAGACCCUCCAGGAGAACAAGGAGCGCAUGGACAAGCUGGAGGGCUAUUGGAUGGAGGCUCAGAGUCUGUGUCAGGCGGUGGACGAGCAUCUGAAGGAGACGCAGGCGCAGUACCAGGCGCUGGAGCGCAAAUACAGCAAAGCCAAGCGGCUCAUCAAAGAAUAUCAGCAAAAAGAAAUUGAGUACCUGAAGAAGGAGACGCAGCGCUGUGCACAAGUGGGGGAGGAGGCGUCGCUGCUAAAGGAGGAGUCGGGUCAACUGCAGGAGCAGGUUGCAGACCUGGAGUGCAGAGUGGAAGAGCUGAAAUCUGAACCUUUAUAAAAGCCUUUUACCUGUUUCAUCAUUCUGAACUUCAAGAGGAGGAGGACGUGUUACCAUUAUUAUUCUUGCAAUGAAGUGCAGGGUAUUUCUUGAGUUUUUGUUGCGACAUUUGAGUCUGUGUCUCAGCCACAUUUAACCUUUACUUUGCCCGUCCGAUUCAGGAACAGUGGCAAUGGUACUGUUGCUACCAUUUUGAAUUCCUGUAGACUUCAUCCUUCAUUUGUGGUUCAAAUGAACCACCAGACCACUUUUCAAUUGCCAAAAACCUCUUUAUUUUGCUGAGUUUUGUGAGCUUCGUUUUCUGUACAGAUGUGAAAUUGUGUGGUUUCAGAAAUCAUUUAAGGAAAAGCUUUUGUGUAACAAUAUCGGAACCGAUGGAUUGUCAGUGUACUUGGGGAAAUGGACGGUACUUUUGCACUGGAAAAUGAUACGGAAGGUGUCUUUGGAAUUGUAACCCAACUUUUGUAGGGGUCUUGUGACUUAACCUUGGGAACCACCUGCUGCCUACCUUUCAGACGUCUUUGUGUAAUUCUUUUUUUACACCUGAACCCAGCGACCAAUCUUCCAGUUUGAACCAUUCCUUUCUUUAAAACAUAGACCACUACAAACAAGCCUCUCGCAACUGCUGUGCCACAAAACAAGGCAUUUUUUUUUGUUCCUCAAAAUGGAUGUUGUGUAACUGAUACUAGUUAGAACUACUGAUUAAUGAAAUGUCUCCGACUGUGUAAAGAAGAAAAACCAGCAGCGAUUUUAAUUUCAAUUGCUUGUCUCGAACCAGCAGCUGCACUUUGACACCGCUGUGUGUAGCACAUGAUCAAACACUGCCAGGUGGAAAUUCAACGUGUCAAAAACUGUCAUGCCAGUAUUGUUUGUAUAAUUCAGCCGAGACUGGUGCAUUUUCACUUCAUAUUUAUCCUGUAGUCCGGUCAGAACAGAACAAGAGGGAGCGAGUGAUGUUAAAUAUUAAAUGUAAUGUAUUAAAAAUAUAUACUGGAUGACAACACUGACAGAAUUAUGAUUCAUUAAUCAAUAAUUAGUGAAUAAAGGCAUGGUUAUGAGUAUUUUCCUAUUAUUAAGGCUUGUACAGUGCACAUGCUUUGCAUUGUUUAGUGGAAUAAAUGGUCAACAGUGGCACUGGUGUUUGUGAGAUCCUUUCAUUGAUGU